GGCUUUCUUUCAAAUGUAAUGUCGUUUAUACUAAACCCAGUAGGUUGUUAACCAUGCAAGACUAAAUGUGAUACUGUCUUUUUAUCAGGAGACAGUCAGCAGCACUCAGAUUUCAUCUGUAACGAGCAGCGUGUCCGCGUGCUUCCGCACAACAGCAGGUCAGCUGAUUGAAACGGCACGCGGAAACUGUAAAGUCAAUUGGAAAGCGCAAGUAGAUCUCCAAAGUUGAAGCGAUCCGUCCACAAACACCAGUAUUUAAUGUCGAUAGCAGCGGCUUUCUCACGGUAGCAGGACUUUGGAUACCAACUCAGACAGCUUAAAAACACAGUGACCGGGCUGUCAUCCUCAGGAGAAAGUUAUGGCACAUAACGAGUCGUUGGUCGCGUUGAAUGGGACUCAAAUUUCCUACAUCGGACAUGACUGCAAGGACAUCCCAGACUUCCUCGGAGACACAUAUGGCCAGUUUGCAAGAAGGCUGGAUCUAAGCUUCAAUCAGCUCAGGUCACUGGCGGGCCUCAAAAUGUUCACUGAGCUGGAAGAGCUGGUCGUUGACAACAAUCUGCUUGGAAAUGACCUCCGGUUGCCUGGAUUACCCAACCUCCACACCCUAACACUCAAUAAGAACCAACUGACUGAUAUCGAGGCCCUGCUGGAACACUUGGCUGAUGUGACCCCGUCACUGGAGUACCUAAGCCUGCUGGGAAAUGAGGCCUGCCCCAACCAGCUGGUCAGCCUGGAUAAGGAUGAGGACGACUACCAGAGAUACAGGUACUUUGUUCUGCACAAGAUGCCCCAGCUGAAGUUUCUGGACACCAGGAAAGUAACCAAAAAAGAAGUGAUGGAGGCAAAUGCAAGAGGAGCAUUCAUGAAAGUGGUCAAACCCAAAUCGGAAGCUCCACCUCAUGAGGUUGGAUCUGAGGGUCGCCCACUACCAUACACUCCUCUACCCCGAGGAUCCAGAGAUGCCAAGAACCAUAAAGGGGUUUUCGCCAAGUGUCGCUACGUCUACUACGGCAAGCACUCAGAAGGCAACAGAUUCAUCCGAAACGACCAACUCUGAUGGACAGCUGCUCAGCCACAAAGCCAUGAGUGACAAGGGAUGUUAACAGACGGAAAGAGGAUCAAAUCAAUCUUGUAUUUAUUAAAACCACUGGUGAUGUUUGAGUCACUGAUCCCCCACUUGAAAAAAAUAUUUUUUGUUAUGUAAGAGGAAUGGGUUUUUUUUUUUUAAAGUUUAUAUUCCAGCCCCAUAGUUAUGGCCACCUCUGCUGAGCUGGGUCUGCCUCUGCCGUCCUGUUUCCAGCUCAGAGACAGAGUCAGAGAUGACACUCCCACUGACAUGAUUGCCUCUAAGCAUCAGCAACUGCACAACUCCAGACACACACACACACACGCAAGGACAGUCUCUCUCUCUCUCUCUCUCUCUCUCUCUCUCUCUCUCUCUCUCUCUCUAUCUCUCUUUCUCUCUCUUCUGUUCUCUUCCACACAGUCAGUGACAAACACACCCAGCCAAUUGCAUCCUUUUCUUUGACAGCCAUGAUGGAUCACCCGUCCACUACUGCCACUAAUCAAGGGUGAAAGGGGUGACGGUCACACACCUGGGGCCUGACAUAGACUCAUCUCUCUCUCUCUUUCUCUCUCUUCUACACACACACGUACACUCACACACAUAACUGCUGUUUAAAACAUUAAGACAUUGCAAAGAGUUUGACAGAAGGUUUAAACAGCCUGGUUAAACAAUCCUAAGAUUUUUAGUCCAAGCGUGAGGCAUGAUCCGUCUGUCUUGUUUAGGUUUUAUCAGACUGCAGAAUGCUUUUUCUUCUUUUGUUUCAAUGACUUCUACUGAAUGAUUUUUUUUAUCAUUGUGUCUCUUAGAAUAGAAAGACAAAUCAGACAUGUCUGAUAUGAUAUCUGAGCAAUCAAGUGUGUAUGUAGAUAGGUAUCAAAAGUAUCUUUUAAUGUCAAAAACAUUCCAAUACUGCUGUAGCUUUAAUGAAGAACAGAAGUGCAACAAAGUAAACAUUCCAGGUGUUUCAUUCUGUAUUAUGGUGCCAUUUUCUUCUUUUUCCCAACUUUGUGUCUCCAAGGUGACUACUUCUGACUGAAAUACUCUCUUUAUUAUUUGCAUUGCAUUGUGAUGCACUGCAAAGUAUUAGACAUAAUCUUCUUGCAUCUAAUAGAAUAUUGUCACUAAAGUUAUAAACACAUGCACUGUUUUUCUUGAUGUUUACAUUUUAUACUACUUUUAUGACCACCCAUAGGAUUUUUAAUCCUACAGUAAAAUGCUUUAUAAAUCUUUUAGCAUUGUAUUCAAUGCUCUGAAUCUGAAAUGUUGACAGAAAUGAUGUGAUAGCUGAUCUGAUAUAAAAUCGUAUUAGCUGUAUGUCUUCAAGUGAUUAAAAGGGUUUAACUAA